AUGAGUAAAAGCCAAGAGGAACUUCCUCAUGAACUUGAGAACCAGUUCAUAUUGCGGCUGCCCCCAGAACAUGCCGCAGCUGUCAAGAAGAUCAUACAUUCUGGAAAUCCUGCCAUGAAAGAUAAACUGAAAAUUGACUUAUCUCCUGAUUCACGGCAUGCCGUUGUUCAGGUAAAUGACUUUUCACUGUCUGCCAAAGUUGUUGACUUGCCUUCUGUUAUUGAAAGCCUAAAGACUCACGAUAGAAAAACUUUUUAUAAAACAGCAGAUGUUUCCCAGAUGCUUUUGUGCAGUGCUGAUAGUGAUCUCCACUCUUCUCCAGAAGAACCAGCGGCUUCUUCUGCUGGUGUUACUGCAAUGGGAAACGAAGGGGAAGCAGAGAAAAAAUAUAUUUGGAAGCAUGGCAUUACUCCACCACUUAAGAAUGUCAGAAGGAAACGGUUUCGGAAACCAACAAAAAAGCCCCCUGAUAUGAAGCAAAGUGGAGAAAGCUGUAGUGGCUACAUUGAUUCGAAAGAUGUGGAAAAGGAAGUGAAAAGACUGUUGUGUUCAGAUGGUGAAGCCAUUAGCAGCCGAUGGGAAAUUAUUGUUGAUGAGGAAGCCAAGGCAGUACAAAGUCAAGCCAGUAUGCCAGUCUUUCCAGUGACAUCUGAAAUAGGAGGUCAUGUCUCAUCAGAAUAUGAAGAAGAGGAGGAGGUGGAUGAGGAGGAAGAGGAGGAAGAAGAGGAUGAAGAAGAGGAGGAGGAAGAGGAGGAAGAAGAGGAUGAGGAUGAAGAUGAAGAGGAGGAUGAGGAGGAGGAGGAGAAGGAAGAUGAUUCUGAAGAGGAUCUGGAAAGAGAGCUACAAGCUAAGUUUAUUGAGUUUAGCUUGUGUGAAGCUAAUGAAGACUGCAGUUCAAUAAUUCUUGGAAUUCAGAAGCUGAUUCAUUACAAGGAGAAAAAGCUCCAAGAGAUUCAGGGCAAAGCACAAAGGCAGAUAUAUCUCCUUGGAAAAUUAGAAAACCUCACCCUCAAGAGUCAUUUCCAGUCUGUGCUGGAACAGCUAAAGUUACAGGAGAAGCAGAAGUAUGAGCAGAUCAUUUUCCUACAGGAACAACUGAAAUAUUUUUCGAAGAAAUAA